AUUAACAAGCUUAUCCAUAGCAUAAUUCAUCUGUGCAUAUUCAAUACCUAUCCCAUUAAGCCAAUUUAAUAUAAUAAAACUGGUUUAAAUUAGAUAGAUCGACUAGAAAUGGUCUAUACUAGAAAUUCGAGGAUUUUUGCUCUUGAGAAUAUGCUUGCCACUUCCUCAAGUACCCUUGUUUCCAUGGCAUCUCAAUUAUCAGAAGCAGAGGAGCGUGAACGAGCAUUUAGUGGUAAAGGGAGAUGGAACCAAGUUCGCUCUGUUGCUGGGGCCAAAAAUAUCAUGAACUUCCUCUUUAACCUGGCAGCAUCCUCCCGGUGCCAGCUAAGGGAUACAGAAGUUGACUGCAGACAGAAGGAUGCAGAAAUUAGAGAUUUGAAGGAGAAAGUAGUCAACUUGAUUAGACAAGUAGAGCUUCAAAAGUCCGAACUCAGCCGUCAGGAAAAUUUAGUGAAGUUGGCUUUGGAGAGACAUACCAACGAAAUGAAUGAAGCCUAUGGAGCUUGUGUGAUGAACAAUAGCGACGGGCAUGCUUAUGACUUACGAUCCAAGGGCUCCAAAAACUCCAAUCUUCUCAAUAGUAAAGUAUAUGCAUUUGAGCUAGAAGACAUGGACACAUCUGAUGAUGAUCAACGAGAACAUCCAAGGCUAUCAGAUGAUAUGGACGGCGAGUGGGUACGCACGAGAGAGACAAAAAAACCCCAAGCUAGGAAAAGGAACUCUAAAACGGAUAGCCAUGUUGAAACGGCUGCUGAUUUAGAACACUCAGUUGUGGCGACCACAAUUGAGCGAGUAUGUUGCUCGUGCAGCAAAAGUUCUACAUGCAAGACAUCAAGAUGCGAAUGCCGACCUGCAAGUGGUAAUUGUACUCCGUCCUGUAGCUGUGGACCAAACAAAUGCAGCAACAGGGCAUUUGCAGAACGGAGUACAAUUACCACUUGCAGCUUGGCAUUCGCAUCUUGA